UGUUGGGUGUCCUUCAGUCCUGUCUCUCGGUUCUGUUUUCAUCAUCGCAGGUUAGCUGCUUUCCAGACUGUACGGCUUGAGUUUGCUCUCUUUGCAGCUAGCAACACAGAGCAAACGUUACACUCGCGUCAGCUAUCGUUACCGACAUCUGAUACAAAACUGUAUGCACGAAAUGGAAUGCAGAGUGUUAUCAAUCCAGAGUCAUGUUGUCAGGGGAUACGUUGGAAAUAAAUCGGCAUCUUUCCCUUUGCAGGUGUUGGGGUUCGAGGUGGACUCCAUUAACUCUGUGCAGUUCUCCAAUCAUACAGGUUAUGGCUGCUGGAGGGGCCAGGUGCUGACGGCAGAUGAGCUACAUGUUCUGUAUGAGGGGAUCAAGCUCAACAAUGUUAACCACUAUGACUACGUGCUGACAGGGUACACCAGAGACACGUCCUUCCUGGAGAUGGUGGUGGACAUUGUGCAGGAGCUGAAGAGGGCAAAUCCCAACCUUGUGUAUGUGUGUGAUCCAGUGCUGGGGGACCAUGGCUCCAUGUAUGUUCCUGAGAAUCUCCAUCCCGUUUACAAGAACAAGGUGGUCCCAGUGGCUGACAUCAUCACACCCAACCAGUUCGAGGCAGAGCUGCUAACAGGGAAGAAUGUCAGCACAGAGAAGGAUGCUGUAGAGGUGAUGGACCUCCUCCACAACAUGGGCCCCGACACAGUGGUCAUAACCAGCUCUGACCUGCCCUCCCGGCUGGGGGACCGCUUCCUGGUCGCCCUGGGGAGCCUGCGAACAGUGAAACCGGAUGGUACCAGGUUGACGCAGAGGAUCCGGCUGGAGAUUCCGAAGGUGGACGCCGUGUUCGUGGGGACGGGUGACCUGUUCGCUGCCAUGAUGCUGGCCUGGACUCACUACCACCCCAACGACCUCAAGACGGCAUGUGAGAAGACGUUCUCUGUCAUGCAUCACGUUAUACAGAGAACCAUCUCCUACGCCCAUGAGAUGGCAGGCCCGGGACGAAGGCCCAGCCCUGCCCAGCUGGAGCUGCGGAUGGUGCAGAGCAAAGCGGACAUCGAGGAUCCAGCCAUAGUCGUGGAGGCCACCGUGCUAUAGGCACCCUCCUUCCCCCCCGACACAACCGCACAAUGUAUAGAUGUUGUACAUUUUGACCUGUAAUGUGACAUUGCCUUAGAAACAGAGCACAACAUUUCCAUGAGCCGAGAUCAGCAGG